AUGAAAGGUGAAUGUGGUCGUCCAGGGCUUCAGGGCCCUCAUGGUUUUCCUGGAGGGAGAGGAGAUAAGGGCUCUUCUGGGAUUCCUGGCCUUAAAGGAAGUGAGGGAAAACCAGGUGUGAAAGGUGAAACUGGACAAAAGGGUGAGCAGGGAAUUCCUGGUGUUCAAGGCAAGAAAGGAGAGGCUGGAGCCUCUGGGGGAAGUGGGCCAACCGGGCCACAGGGGCCCCGUGGACGGCCUGGUCUUCAGGGACCACCAGGUCCAGUAGGUGCUCGAGGAAUGGAAGGAGUACAAGGAGCUCCUGGGCUUCCUGGCUCACCAGGUAAACAGGGCAAAGAUGCAAGUGAGCACCGGAUCAGAGAAGUGUGCAUGAGCAUAAUUCAAGAGCAAAUGGCUCAGCUGUCUGCUAGCCUAAGACGACCAAUAAUGCCUGGAGAACCAGGUCGGCCUGGAUCACCUGGUCCUCCAGGACCAGCUGGGCCUCCAGGAGUUGCAGGCCAUCCAGGUGCUAUAGGCCCAAAAGGUGUCAAAGGUCACCAAGGUUACCCUGGUCAACCAGGAUCAAAAGGACAACAAGGUGAAAGAGGCGAGAAGGGCGAAGAAGGUAUCGGACUUCGUGGGCCACCAGGACCCCAAGGACCACCUGGUGUUGAUGGUAUGCCUGGUAUUGGAAAGGAUGGUCGUGAUGGUGCCCGUGGUGAAAUUGGCCUCCCAGGUGAACAAGGACAUCCUGGCCCACCUGGACUAAGAGGCUUUCCUGGUAUCUGUGAUGCUUCUUCAUGCAUGGGUCCACCUCAUCUCUACAUGGGAAUGGGGAUUGGCAAGAAAUCUAUGAGCAUGAAAGGGCCAUCCAAAUAACAGAAAAACAGAUGCAGAGGUUACUGAUGUAUUACCUAUUGCUCUUCAGCUCCAAAAGCAUCAAGAGUUCACUUAAUGCCCAUGAAUUUAAAAAAAAACUUUGUCUUGAUUCCCAGAAUUUUAAACUGUUUUGAACCAGUAGCUUCACUUUCUCAGGAAUGCUUCUUAAGUUCUG